AUGCCUCCUACCCCGAGCCAGAAGGGCACCAGCAAGAAGGGCGGCGCCGGCGCCAUCCGACAGCGCAGCAGAAACACCACCCCGAGUUCCGUCCCUCUUUCCAUCCCUCCCCCAGCCACUGCGACCCUACCGCCAAUAGAAGCCAUCGACGCCCAAUACCUCUCACUGCGCGUAGAGCAGUUCGACAAUAUCGGAUACGAUGACAUCGUCGACCAGAUCAACCCCACCUCUCUGGUGCCCGAGUCCAGACACAUGGAUGCCAUGAUCACCAGGUUGACCCGCCUACAGGAGGUCAUCGACAGGAGAACCAACUUCUGCGACAAGGCUAUGCGCGACCUGGCUUUGCAGCGGAAACACCAUGUUGAUAAUGUGCCAGAACGCGACCACCAUUCACGGGCGGACGAGGGCCAGAAACGCGCAAACAAAAAGAAGAGGAAAGCUGCUGAUACCUUGGCUCCCGGUGAUGUCGUUCAUAAAGAACGCUCCUCUCCCCUGCGAGAUCACAGCAAAACCCGUAAACUCUCCCGAGCCGAGUCGGCCGCCUCCUCCCUCUCUCCUGCCGAGCCCGCGUCUCCAAGCGCCGUAAAAUUAGAAGGAAAGAAAAAGAAAGCCAAAGAAGAGGAGAAGGUCGAGCAGCCGGAGGAGGAAGAGGAGGAGGAGAAGGAGGAGGAGAAGGAGGAGGAGAAGGAGGAGGGGGAGGAAGAAUCAAGUUCCGAAGACGAAGGCGCACCGCCCAGGCCAGCACUCCCCGCUGCGAAUACCUUCGGAGACGACCCUUCUACCUUCCCCGACCCGACCGUGUACGAGAUCCGACCAACUCACCCCGGCAUGUCCGAAGAGGAACUCAGAGAAAUCUAUUCUGUCGCUGUGUAUCCCAAGAACGACCUGGCCGAUAUCAUCCCAGGAGACCCUCCAGAUAAAGACUUCAGCAGCGCCAAACCCUCCAACCAGAUCAGCUUCUCGACCUUCUCCACUUACAUUGAACCGUACUUCAAACCCUUUACAGAAGAGGACCUGGGUUUCCUCCGCGAGCGCGGUGACCGCGUCCUCCCCUUCACCAUACCCAACCGGGGCAAGAGGCACUACACCGAAGUAUGGGCCGAGGAAGACGGCGCGAUGCAGCUCGACUCGCCGCUACUCAACCGCGAGAAACACCUCCCGGCGAACCAAGCCCGCGGCAGCAUCGAGCACAUGGACGACGAGGUGGGCGAGACCGACAAGCUCGCCGUCGGCCCGCUGCUGUCGCGCCUCCUAGCCACGCAGCGGGGCGAGAACAGGCCCCAGUCCGAAGAAGAGAAGCCGGGCACGAACGGCGUGGCCAACGGCGGCGGCGGCGGCAGCGUCGGGGGCGACACGCACAUGACAAACGGCGACGCAGGCGAACACGGCGGCCUCAACGGCGCCUCCGAAGACGGCAAGCCACAAGCGACCCCCCCCGCGGCCUUCAUGCCCGAGUCCAGCUCGGAAACCUGGAAGAAGGCCACGCACCCCAAACUCGACUACGCCCAGGUGGACGAGCGCAUCAAGCAGGAACUGCGCCACAUGGGCUUCCUCCCGCAAGAAGGCAACAACAACUUCGAGGCCGGGCUCGGGCUCGGCUUCGGCUUCGACGGCGCCUUCGACGACGAGGUGGCCGCCCGCCUGCGCCUCCUCCAGGACCGCCUCCGCCAGCAGGUCCUCGUCAACGGCGCCCGCAAGGCCCGCCUCGCCGACCUCGUGCGCGAGCGCAUGGCCUACCAGGAGUACCAGACCAUCCUCGAGGACCUCGACUCCCAGGUCCAGGCCGCCUACACCAAGCGCACCCGCACCAUGGGCAAGAGCAAGAAGUCGAAGCGCCCCGGCGCCGGCGCCGGCGCCGCCGUGGCUGCCGCCCAGGGGGCCGCGGGCAUGGCGCGCCCCGGUAUCGGCGACGUCACCCGCACGCUCAUGGAGCGCCGCAGGCGCUGGAUCGGCACCAUUGGGUCGGUCUUUGAUGACGAGAACCUCGGUAAGGUGCCGCGCGUGUCGAAUCCGGACAGCUCCAUCUUCAAACCUGUCGAAAUGGCGGCCUUGGUCAAGAAGGAGAAGGAGCAGUGGGAUGAUGAAGUGGAGGAGGAAUGA